ACAGUGUGAGUGUGUGAUGUGAGGAAACUCCACAUGAAUCUCCGUGACUCAGCGCGCGCGUUUACUGAAGCGCUCUUUUGUUUGAUUUCUGGAUCUUAGUUUAGUUUUGUUUGUUUUCCCCCUGCCAUGCGGACAUGCGCAUGGGGUUUGUGCACGCUGCUCGCGGUUCUGUCCAUCAGCACGAGCCAACCGCACAGCCACUUCACCGGAGUCACCGGGAGCCGCAAGUACCUGUCUAAGGCUUACUUCUGCAAUGCAGAUAGUGAAUGUGCACCAAGACUUUAUUGCAAGGCCCCAGGCCACGUCCACUCUCAGUGCUCACCCUGUAAGAGAAGGACAAGACGUUGCCGUAGAGACCAUAUGUGUUGUCCUGGAAACAAGUGUCGUAACCAUGUGUGUAGUCGAGUUUCAGCACAAGUGUUAGCAGAACACACUCCAGAACUGAAGAACCAAAUCCAUAGCUCUUCUAGACAACUAAAGAAAAACAGGAAGCUCAACAAACCACGCAAAGGUGAGUUGGGUGCACAGUGUGUGCGCUCAGCUGAUUGUGGGCAUGGCCUGUGCUGUGCGCGUCGCCUGUGGAAGCGAGUCUGUAAGGUGGAGCCUCAAGAGGGGCAGGUUUGCUCCGCCCCCUGGCGCUGGAAACAAUCACGCACUAGUCACACACUGGAGCUGUUCCAGCUGUGUCCCUGUUCAACUGGUCUCGAGUGCAGAACGCAGAGUCACACGCACUCACACACCAACAAACAGAACAACACACAAACCAACACACAUCGACCCACUGCUGCUGUCAGACUACACACCUGCCAACAACUCUGAGAGAAAGACAGGCAGAGAGACAGAAUGAGACAGACCAAAAGAGAGACAGAAUGAGACAGACAGGCAGAGAGAGAGAGAGAGAGAGAGAGAGACACAGAAUGAGACAGAGAGAGAAUGAAACAGAGAGAGCGAGAGAAACAGAAUAUGAGAGAGAGAGAGAGAGAGACAGAAUGAGACAGACAGGCUGAGAGAGAAUGAGACAGAGAGAGAGAGAGAGAAUUAGACAGACAUAAUGAGACAGAGAGAGAGAAACAGAAUAUGAGAGAGAGACAGAAUGAGACAGAGAGAGAUAGAAUGAGACAGUGAGAAACAAAAUGAGAGAGAGAGAAUGAGUGAGAGAGACACACACAGAAUGAGACAGAGAGAGACAGGAUGAGAGAGAGAGACAGAAUGAAACAGUGAGAAACAAAAUGAGAGAGAGAGAAUGAGUGAGAGAGACACACACAGAAUGAGACAGAGAGAGAGAAACAGAAUAUGAGAGAGAGACUGAAUCAGACAGAUAUUUUAAUGCUACAAUUUUGUUACGUUUGUACCAGCACAAACACAAAAUAUCACAAUAUAACAAUAUCACAGCAAUAUAAGACAACAUAAAAUCAAACCAAUCCUUCAGUGAAUUAAAGUCCAGCAUUUCUAAUUUGCAUAUUCAUAGCCCUGGAGUUUUUAAUGAGGUUGAAUUUGUAGAGAUAGUCUUGUAUUCAGCUAGUUUUAGUCAAUAAACAGUUUAUUAUUGGACAAAGAUAUUUUUAUUGGUUUAAAAUUGCACAUUUAGGAUGAGUGACGAUUUUGGUGUCAGAAACACAACCGUGUGUAUGUGUGCAUUACUGCUAAGUUGCUCAUAACAUAAUAAGCUAAAGGUCAGUCCGCUUGAUUGCAUUUACGGUGAGGUCAAAACAUCUGAGAGCACACUGAACUUCUGGGAGUUUUUCCAUUUAAAACUGGAGAUAAGUUUCAGUACUCCUUCAUACUGUUUGUAUUUUCCUUGAGUCUGAUCUUCACUGAAGCUCGCUGUCAUUAAAGCAAAAGAGGAACAAAUCAAAUGUUCAGAAAUUCUCAAAUUCAUCUCAAUAUUUCUAAGAUUCUACUAAGUUGUAGCUGAUAUUUAUUUGCAAUGAAAAAUGUAUUGAAUAUAAAAAAUAGAAAUUGCAAAAUAAACAUUUACACUGGUACUCUUGGAUACUCUGGGCCUCAUAAAACAGCUCAGAGAGUAAGUUUAGCUCUGAUCUCAGCGAGGAGUCUAAGCGUGUGUCCCCCCUGGAACAGAUACAAUAUAAUUUAAGAUCUCAACAUUUGAUGUUUUUUCACUAAAACCCGACUCAGUUGCUGUAAAACACAGGUUUGUACAGAACAUUUGCGGUCCUUAAAGGGGAACUGAAGGCAAUUUUUUUAUUAUCAAAAUUAUAUUUAUCUCAUUUUAUAAAGUGUAGGAAUGCAUUUCUGACAGCUAUUUUGUCACUGCUAUAGCAAGUUAUGAGUGUUUGAAAUAUGCUAUGUAAUAUAUCAGUCCAUAUGCCAAAGCAAUGGCCGUAAACAAGGUUCGCUGAGACCUGUGUGAGACAUCAUAGGACAGAAGUAAAACGUACAGCGGAAAUCAAGGUGACCAACAUCUGCCAACGUUGCCAAAAGAUGUGCGCACCCUCCUUCGAAUGCUGACGUAAUCAAGCCGGAAGUUUUCCCUGUUUCCGAAAUCACUCCCUACUCACUAUAUAGGGCACUAUAUAGUGGGGACACUAUUUUGUAGUGCUGUAUGAAACCUUAGUGAGGAUUAUGUGGGAAAUGCACUCAGUAUAAGAUGUAUUUAUCACAAAAAUACAUGCAUGUAUUUAUUAUUUUGAAAACCCACCAGCCGCCUGAUCUGGCACGUUUUAAUUGUGCGACAGUAAUGACGUAAAUACCAGCAUGACAGACUAGUCCUUAUCCUGUCGUCUUUCCAACUCUUCUCUACUCCACAUUGGUUUGAAGUCGUAUGGAAUAAUCUCCAUCACUGAUGAAGCUGGCAAAUCUCGAAAUUAAUCUAAAUUGGAAUGAUAUGGUGAUCUGGCCGCUGUGUAAACAGUUUUCAAAAUGGUGGCACUGACACUUCACGUUUGAAGUCUCGCACAAAUCUUUUGAAGAUCGCUGCAGAUAAGUGACGCCUACCGUAGAGCAAACGAACUACAUUCAACAUGGCUAAAAACCGAAAAGGCCGAUAAGUGUAAUAUAAUAUGCCAAUACGAGUCACGAUAUAAGGUUAAUAAAACCAAAAACGUAAUUGAAUAACACAUUAAUUAAGAAAUAAAGCAAGUUUAAAAAUGACUUCUGUUCCCCUUUAAAAAGCUUAUGUGUUUAUACAGCUCUGUGCAAAACUAUUGGACCCUCUACAUAUUUAUAUCCGUUUUAUCUGACCCAUUUUGUGUCAGUAAUGGACCUGGAGCAACUGACCUGCUGAUUACUUUAUAAAACUACACCACUGGGUAGCUGAGAGGAUUCAUGCACCACCUUUAGACCCACAGCAAUUUUUUAUUAUUCAUUUCUGUUUAUUUAGAAACUUGUCAUUGUUAUUUGAAGGCAUUUUCACUUUGCAGAAUUUCUUCCCAUGAACCUUUCAC